GACGGGCACCGUGGGGUGGGCAGCGCGGCCGCCGCUCCGCAGCGCAGGGACCGCCGCCCGCCGCCCCCAAGAUGCUGUUUUGGCACACGCAGCCGGAGCACUACAACCAGCACUCGACCGGCAGCUACCUGCGAGAUGUCCUGGCGCUGCCGAUCUUCAAGCAGGAAGAGCCGCAGCUGUCUCCUGAGAACGAUGCCAAACUGCCCCCCUUCCAGUACGUCCUCUGCACAGCCACCUCCCCCGCCGUGAAACUGCACGAGGAAACUCUGACCUACCUCAACCAAGGUCAGUCUUAUGAAAUCCGUCUACUUGAGAAUAGGAAAUUGGGAGAGUUUCAAGAUUUAAACACAAAAUAUGUAAAGAGUAUAAUCCGUGUCGUUUUCCACGACCGCCGCCUGCAGUACACAGAGCAUCAGCAGCUCGAGGGCUGGAGGUGGAGCCGGCCUGGGGACCGCAUCCUUGAUAUAGAUAUCCCGCUGUCAGUUGGUAUAUUGGAUCCCAGGGCUAGCCCGACCCAGUUGAACACUGUUGAAUUUCUCUGGGAUCCGUCAAAGAGAGCUUCAGCAUUCAUUCAGGUACAUUGCAUCAGCACAGAAUUUACCCCACGGAAACAUGGAGGAGAGAAAGGGGUGCCCUUCCGGGUGCAAAUCGACACCUUUAAGCAGAAUGAAAAUGGUGAAUACACAGAACACUUGCAUUCUGCAAGCUGCCAGAUCAAAGUGUUCAAGCCUAAAGGAGCAGACAGAAAACAGAAGACUGACAGGGAAAAAAUGGAAAAGAAGACCACCCAAGAGAAGGAGAAGUAUCAGCCUUCCUACGAGACAACUAUUCUCACAGAGUGCUCUCCCUGGCCAGAUGUGCCUUAUCAAAUGAACAACGCUCCAUCUCCAAGCUACAACAGUUCUCCCAACAGCUUCAACCUCGGAGAUGGCAACAGUUCACCAACCCACCAAAUGGAGCUCCUGCCUCCCAGCAAUGAUCAUCUCCUUCCUUCUGCUUCUAUUCAAGAUGCCCAGCAGUGGCUUCAUCGUAAUAGGUUCUCUCCAUUCUGUAGACUCUUCUCAAGUUUUUCGGGUGCCGACUUACUGAAGAUGUCCAAAGAAGAUUUUGUUCAAAUCUGUGGGCCUGCUGAUGGAAUUCGGCUCUUUAAUGCAAUUAAAGGAAGAAAUGUAAGGCCCAAGAUGACAAUUUAUGUCUGUCAAGAACCAGAGCAAAACAGAUCCCAUCUCCACCAAAAACGAGAAAAUGGAGAUGGCAGUCUUUGUGUGUAUCAUGCAAUCUUCUUAGAAGAGUUGACCACGCUGGAACUGAUGGAGAAGAUUGCAAACUUGUACAGCAUUUCUCCCCAGCAGAUAAAUCGGAUCUACCGGCAGGGGCCCACAGGGAUCCACGUAUUAGUGAGCAAUGAGAUGGUGCAAAACUUCCAAGAUGAAUCUUGUUUUGUUAUCAGCACAUUAAAAGCUGAAAGCAAUGAUGGCUACCACAUCAUUUUAAAAUGACCGUGCUGCACAGAGAGACUUUAACAGCCUAAAAUUUAGUGCCUCAUUGAGAUUGCUACAACCUAGACUGGAAACAUGAAGAACCUUCUGGAUAAAUGCUCCUGUGAACUAAGAAUUACCAAACAGCUUAAGAAAAAACUUGCUUUUACAGAUAGAAAUUUUUGGUGGUGUUUGAUUUUGGUGGGUUUGG